CGAAAUCUCUCAUUUGUCUCUUUAUGUAAUCGGCGGGCCCCACCCGUCCACAGUGGCCAUGAAAAAAAGGCUCUAUUUAAGCUUUCUUCUUCCGUUAGCUCUUUACAGCACAGAAAGAGUCAAAAUACAUAACACAAUUCAGGAUCUCUACGCGCAAAAUACAGCCUAGAGAGACUAGAAUUGUGUUAGAUUGAUUUCGGCCAUGGCUCCCGAAGAGCGUCCACAAUUUAUUGCCAGCUCAGGCGGUAUGGCUGUCGAAAGCACCGGCAACAGAUUGUUGAGCGCGGAUAGAGUUGAGACAGAACAAAUUAUCGUCUCAGAAAAGCAUAGCUGGAAGAAUUUGUUUGCAUAUAUUGGUCCUGGGUUUCUUGUCUCAAUAGCAUAUAUUGAUCCUGGCAACUUUGAGACUGAUUUACAGGCAGGAGCACAGUACAAGUAUGAGUUGUUGUGGAUCAUUUUGGUUGCCUCUUGUGCUGCUCUGGUGAUCCAAUCGCUGGCAGCCAAUUUGGGAGUUGUGACAGGAAAACAUCUCGCAGAACACUGCAGAACUGAAUAUCCAAGGAAAACAAAUUUUGUCUUGUGGGUGAUUGCUGAAAUUGCCAUUGUGGCAUGUGAUAUUCCAGAAGUGAUUGGAACUGCAUUUGCCCUGAAUAUGCUUUUCCGCAUCCCUGUAUGGUGUGGAGUUCUUCUUACAGGAUUCAGUACACUGUUUCUUCUUGCUUUGCAGCAAUAUGGGGUGCGUAAACUUGAGUUUUUUAUAGCAUUUCUAGUGUUUACUAUAGCCAUUUGCUUCUUCUUAGAGUUAGGUUAUUCAAAGCCUAAAUCCACAGAAGUUUUAAAAGGAUUAUUCAUUCCAAAGUUGAACGGCAAUGGGGCAACUGGACAUGCAAUAUCUCUUGUUGGAGCGAUGGUCAUGCCACACAAUCUUUUCCUUCAUUCUGCGUUGGUACUAUCAAGGAAAAUUCCUCGCUCUGUUCAUGGCAUCAAAGAGGCAUGCAGGUUUUAUCUUAUUGAGAGUGCAUUCGCUUUGACUGUGGCAUUUUUGAUCAAUGUAUCUGUUAUUUCUUUAAGUGGGGCUGUCUGCAGUUCUUCAACCUUGGCUCUAAAUGACAAGAAGAGCUGUGAAAACUUAGAUCUCAAUGAAGCAUCCUUUCUGCUGAAGAAUGUGCUUGGCAAUUGGAGUUCAAAGAUUUUCGCAAUUGCAUUGCUAGCUUCUGGUCAGAGUUCUACUAUUACAGGAACAUAUGCAGGCCAAUAUGUUAUGCAGGGUUUUCUCAAUUUGCGGUUCAAAACUUGGGUUCGUAAUCUGUUAACUCGAUGUCUCGCGAUCAUUCCAAGUUUAAUUGUUGCCAUCAUUGGAGGCUCUUCUGGUGCUGGCCAGUUAAUCAUCAUAGCAUCAAUGAUACUGUCCUUUGAGUUGCCAUUUGCACUUAUUCCUCUCCUCAAGUUUACUAGCAGUAAAACGAAGAUGGGUCCAAAUGCAAACUCACUUCCAAUUACAGUACUCACUUGGCUGCUGGGCUUAGCUAUCAUGGUUAUCAACAUACAAUAUCUUGUAACUAGUUUUGUGAAAUGGCUGAUUCACAACAAGCUUCCUAAAGUGGGAGUAGCAUUCAUAGGAAUUCUGGGAUUUGCAGGCAUGAUAGCAUAUUUGGGUGGCAUUCUAUACCUGGCUUUCCGAAAAGACAAAGAAGUAACAUACUUGUUGCCUUUGGAGGAGUCUAUUGCAAUUGAAUCAAAUUGUACACAGGGAUAUAAUAACGAUGCUGAACUUCAUGGCCCUUUUGGUGCAAUUCCACGUGAAGACAUAGUAAGCAUGCAGCUUCCAAGAACCCGGGACUUGACAGAUCUUGACUAAGAAGCUUAAGGUUUGUAAUGUUUAUUAUAUUAAUAUUAGUUUGAACUCUGAGCCGAGUUUAAAUUUGAUAAAUAUACAAUAAGAUGACAUUUGUACAAGUUAGCAAACGCUACAUCACAUUAUCCCUAUUUUCCAAGUAAGUGGUGCUUCAUCUUUAGUCUUUUGGAAAACUAAUUCUGAAGAAUCAUUCUGUAAAAAAACCAUUGUUGUCCUAUAGAGUAUACGUCAUUAUUUAUAGAAGGCAUAUGACUUCACUGGUCUAUGGAUUUUUAGUUGCUC